UAGGCAGGGGGAGAGGGAGGGCCCUGCCGUGGAGACCAGGGAUUUGAGCUGCCCCUGUUCCGGGGCGGGCCGCAUCCUGGGAGACCUGGGAGAGAAGAUAGACCAGAGGGCCUGGCUCCUCCUCCCGGGCAACCCCCGCACACAAACACACCUCCCUGGCUCCCAGACAAGGAAGAGGGCAAGUGGGACCCUCCAUCAGUGGCUGAGAGGCCGGGGCAAGUGUUGGCUGGCCCUGCCCCAGUGUGACCUGGGAUAAGGUGGCCGCUCUCAUCUGGCCACACCCUCGCCUCCAUUUUCUUACGUGCAUGUGGUGAUUACAAAAACCUCCCCACUGGUUUACACCCGUGUAGCUACUCAUUAUUAAGUUCUCACUAUGUAUUCAUAAUCUCCUUUAGUCGUCACAACAAGAUACUCUUCCCACUGUACAGACGAGGAAACAGACACACAGAGAUCGAAACAACCAUCACCGUGUGUUAGGGCUGGAAGGAGCCUCAGGAAGAUCUUGUGACCCCACUGGCCCAAGUUCGCCUGUGUCUCUGAGAGGGAGGCGCUGGAUGGAGGCUACGCUGGUCUUUGCUCUGGGACUUCCUCCCAGACCACCCAUCCCUGGUCCCAGGAGGACCUGUCCUCCCAGAUGGGGGGUGGGGGGGCAGACUAUCUAUCCACCUGUCCCCACGGCCCUGACCUGCUGACCUCUGCCUCCUGGCUGAUUUCUUCAUGUUGGUUCAACAUUAACCCAGAGGGGUCAGGACAAGCCCUCAGAGUCCCGGGAGCAGACACACUAUGGCGCACGUCCGAGGCCUGUGGCUACCCGGCUGCCUGGCCCUGGCUGCCCUGUUUGGCCUUGUGCACAGCCAGCAUGUGUUCCUGGCCCCUCAGCAAGCACUGUCGCUGCUCCAGCGGGUCCGACGCGCCAACAGCGGCUUCCUGGAGGAGUGGUGGGAGGGCAACCUGGAGCGAGAGUGUGUGGAGGAGCGGUGCAGCCGUGAGGAGGCCUUCGAGGCCCUGGAGUCUCCCAGCGCCACGGACGCGUUCUGGGCCAAGUACACAGCGUGUGAGUCGGUGAGGAAACCUCGAGAAAAGCUCAUUGAAUGUCUGGAAGGUAACUGUGCCGAAGGUCUGGGUAUGAACUACCGAGGGAACGUGAGCUUCACCCGGUCAGGCAUCGAAUGCCAGCUGUGGAGGAGUCGCUACCCACAUAAGCCAGAAAUCAACUCUACCACCCACCCUGGGGCUGACCUGCAGGAGAACUUUUGCCGCAACCCAGAUAGCAGCAUCACCGGGCCCUGGUGCUACACUACGUUCCCCACUGUGCAGAGGGAAGAGUGCAGCAUCCCUGUCUGCGGCCAGGAGCGAGUCACUGUGGAGCCGACCCCAAACUCCAGAGACUUCAGCGGGAAUCUGUCACCUCAGUCGGAAACGUGCAUCCCUCAUCGCGGCCAGGAGUACCAGGGGCACCUGGCAGUGACCACACAGGGGUCUCCCUGCCUUGCCUGGGCCAGCCAGAAGGCCAAGGCGCUGAGCAAGGACCAGGACUUCAACCCGGCUGUCCCACUGGUGGAGAACUUCUGCCGCAACCCAGACGGGGAUGAGGAGGGCGCGUGGUGCUACGUGGCUGGGGAGCCUGGCGACUUUGAGUACUGCGACCUGGACUAUUGCGAGGAGCCGGUGGGUGAGGAGGCGAGAUAUGGGCCGGAGGAGGAACCGGAUGCGCCCAUAGAGGGACGCACCACUGAGGACAAGUUUCAGCCCUUCUUCAACGAGAGGACCUUCGGCGCCGGGGAGGCAGGUCAGGAGGCGGCCGGAGGGGCGCGGGGCCGCGGCAUGGGGGCGGGGGCGGUGUUGCAGCGCUCGGCCCCUCACGGCCCCGCUGGCUCGGCAGACUGUGGCCUGCGGCCUCUGUUCGAGAAUAAGUUGGUGCAGGACAAAACGGAACAGGAGCUGUUCGAGUCCUACAUCGAGGGGCGCAUCGUGGAGGGCCGGGAUGCCGAGAUUGGCCUGGCGCCCUGGCAGGUGAUGCUUUUCCGGAAGAGCCCCCAGGAGAUGCUGUGCGGGGCCAGCCUCGUCAGUGACCGCUGGAUCCUCACCGCUGCCCACUGUCUUCUGUACCCGCCUUGGGACAAGAACUUCACUGUGAACGACCUUCUGGUGCGCAUUGGAAAGCACUCCCGCACCAGCUAUGAACGAGGGAUUGAAAAGAUCUCCCUGCUGGAAGAGAUCCACAUCCACCCCAGGUACAACUGGAGGGAGAACCUGGACCGGGACAUCGCCCUGCUGAAGCUCAAGAAGCCCAUCAGCUUCACCACAUAUGUCCACCCCGUGUGCCUGCCCGACAAGGAGACAGCAGCCAAGUUGCUCCAGGCUGGACACAAAGGGCGAGUGACGGGCUGGGGCAACCUGAAGGAGACGUGGACAAGCAAUAUUGCCGAGGUGCAGCCCAGCGUGCUGCAGGUGGUGAACCUGCCGAUCGUGGAGCGGCCGGUCUGCAAGGCCUCCACCCGGAUCCGCAUCACCGACAACAUGUUCUGUGCUGGUUACAAGCCUGGUGAAGGGAAACGAGGGGAUGCUUGUGAAGGCGACAGUGGGGGACCCUUUGUCAUGAAGAGCCCCUUUAACAACCGCUGGUAUCAAAUGGGCAUCGUCUCAUGGGGUGAAGGCUGUGACAGGGAUGGAAAAUAUGGCUUCUACACACAUGUGUUCCGCCUGAAGAAGUGGAUACAGAAGGUCACUGAACGGUUUGGAAGUUAGGGGGCCACCCACAUUCUACGCUGCUCACUGCAAAAAUCCCAGAAGCCAGUCCAGUGAAAGAAUUAUUUUUGUGGCUUGUUCCUAAAACUACAUUUCUCAAUAAAAGUGACUCUAUCAAUGAGCUUCAGCGCUCACAGUGCUGUUCAUGGGUAGCGCAGGAAGAGCCAGUCCUACUACUGGACACGCAGGACUUGAAGAAUCCACCACCCCUAGAACAGGGUCCAGUGAGAGGGGAGAUGGUAGCCUGAAUUUAUGAGCAUUUCACAUGUUCCAGCCUUGGGGCUUUAAUAGAUUAUUUCAUUUAAUCCUCACAAAAGGUAGUAAACUGAGACUUGGAGAAGUUCCUUGUCCAAGGUCACAUGGCUAAGAAGGGUCAAAGUCUGACUUGAAAUAUAGGAGAUACUGAAGCCUGUGCUUUUAGCCACCCUAGGCUGUGAAGAGCUGUUCUGGGACCAGAGAAGAGGCUGGAGGAGGGUAGGCUAGUGAGGCGGGGAGUAGUUACAUUUCUUACGUUAUUAAAAUAUCCGAUCUGUGCCACCCAAGGGCUCAGUAUUUAGUGUCUUCACUUGUGAGGGUUGUGGGAUAGCAGUUCUGAGUAGGGGCCCUAGCACCAGACUGCCUGGGUUCAUAUUCUGGCUCCAGCCCUAAAAGGGCUAAUCACGGGAACUUCCAGGUGGUCCAGUGGUUAGGACUCUGCACUUCUAAUGCCAGGGUUCCAUCCCUGGUCAGGGAACUAGGAUUCCACAAGCCACGCAGCAUGACCAAAGGAAAAAAAAAAAAAAAGGGGUGGUGGUGGCGGAUAACAAUGGUUAAGUCACUUGACCUCCCUGAGCCUCGGUUCCCUUACCUAUAAGAUGUAUAUAAUGACAUUACUUACUUAAUAAGGUUUUGAGGAUUAAAUGAGGCCAUUUGCAUGUGUACUUAGCAAAAUGCCUGGUAUCUGGUCAGCCCUCCGUUAAGCAGCUGCUGCUUUUAUUCUCACUGCUGCCUGGCGUGGUGAAAGUUCCUCUGCCCCUUCCCACUUCCCUGUCUGGUCUCUGAAAUAGCAUAGUGUUGGAGUUGCUGCUUCCUGGAGUUUCUACUGUCACGGCAGUUGUCAGACUUGAGUCACUUGUUUUUCUGAGAAAUGGGAACAAGAAGAUGUAGAAGUGGAUUCUUACAGGGUUUGGGCGAACUCUUAGGAGUCACAGAACGUUCAAGAUGCCUUUUCACGGCACAUUCUUCAAGGUUACUGAUGGCAGAGGUUACUGUCGGGGAUGGAGCACGGCUCUGACACAUCCUUGCCCUUCCGCGCAGCUGCAGAGUUUCUGGCUGACGUUGGCGUAUUGCUCUUCCUGUUGGGUGCAUUUAUGACUCGGGGAAGCAGGCACCACAGCCUACGAUACGUGUAACAGCGAGUCGCCACUGGCGUGAGGUGCUGAUCACUUGGUGACCAUCUGGAGGA